CCCUCCUUCUCCUCCUCCUCCCCCUCCUCCUCUUCCACCCGCAGCCAGGCAGCCACUUUGGCCCCAGGCCCUAGGUUGGGGUGGAGACUCGCUGGAAACCCACCUGCCCGGAGUUCGGACUGGCCUGAGGCCGCGAUGGCACCCGGAGGCGGAAGGGCCAGGUGCCUCGCGAGGUGGGCGGCGGCCUUGCUGCCGCUGUGCCUUGCGCUGGGGGCGCCGAUUUGGCGGCGAGGGCGCGGUGCCGCUGCGUGGGCUCUCCCACCGCGCGGGUCCGGCAGCCGCCGCGACCAGCGGCCCUGUUGCCACGUGGCGGCCAGGCGCGGCGGCUUCCGCCGACCAGGACGACGCCGACGCGGAGGGCCGACCAGGGCGACGAUUGCAGAUUGUAGCGGUGCUGCAAGGGGGUCCAGCUGUCGCUGGCGGGGCUGGCGCCGUUCUGUCUCGGGUCGAGCCGUACCCGCAGCCGCACCCGCAGUCGCAACCGGGGGACGCAGACUGGGCCCGCAGGUGGAGGUGCCCCAGCUGCACUUGGGAGCCCUGCCCCAGCGGGGAGGAGGGGGCUUGGAAGGUAUGAGCCCGAAGCUCGCCUGCGCGCGCCCAGAGGGUUGGUGCAAAUCCCGAUCGACGGCUCAUCAUAGCAGUCGUCAUCGAAGACGGAGGGACUUCUCAGAAGCCCCUCCGGCCUUCUGAGAAGUUGUCCCGUGUCUUCGGGGAGGGCUCAGGAGACUUCUAGGAAGGCCGGCAGGACGUCCGGGCCUCGUGAGAAGGCCCGCCCCUUUCUCAUUUCCCCCCCCCCUCGCUCGCCGCCGAGUUUGGGGCGCGCGGCGAAGAAAAUCACAGCAGUCUGGGUGUCCCAGACGACGGCCAGGCGCGGGGUGGACUGGCUGGGCGGCGCGCCGCCAGCGGGGCCGUGGAGUGGCUCGAGUCGCAGGGCCACAAGGUGCUGUCCGAGAGGGGCACUGGGGGGAGCAGCUGGUCCUCGUUCCGCGAGGUGAAGGCCGACAGUGGCGAGUACUUCGUCAAAACAUCCGGCAGGCCCGCCGCCGCGAUGUUCGAGGGGGAGGCCAGGGGGCUUAGGGCCAUGGGCGCUGCCGGCAGCGCAGGGGGCGUGAAGGUGCCAGAGGUGCUCCACUUCGGCGACGACCCGCGCGGGGGUUCUUUCAUCAUCAUGGAGAAGCUCGACAUGGGCGGCAGGAUGGACAUGGGCGAGUUCGGACGUGCGAUGGCAAAGAUGCACCUGGCGGAACCACUGGACAAGGAGGCGAAGGCGGGCAGCUUCGGCUUCCCGCUGGACAACACGAUCGGCGGCACGCCGCAGAAGAACCCGUGGACCAGUGACUGGCCCGAGUUCUUUCGGGAGCACCGCAUUGGCUUCCAGGUCAAGCGCGCCCGCGAUUCGGCCCUCACGGGCAUGUGGAACAGCGUCUUGGACAAGACCGACGGGCUGCGCGACCUCUUCUCGGACGGCGAGGUUACCCCUUCGGUGAUCCACGGCGACCUGUGGAGCGGAAAUUACGCAGGCAGCAACCAGGGCCCCACCAUUUUCGACCCCGCGACCUAUUACGGUCACCACGAGGCCGAGUGGGGGAUGGCUUGGUGCGCCGGCUUCAACGGUCAGUUCUGGGCCGGCUAUCGCGAGGUCAUCCCGAAGGCCCCUCUCUUCGAGAAACGGCGCGCCCUCUACGAGGCGUACCAUUUGAUAAACCACUACAACCUCUUUGGAGGCGGCUAUUUGUACCAGGGCAUUGGGUCGUUGGAGCAGCUGCUUUGACCGUUUUUCUCGCGUGCACCGCCGUCUCCAAAAAGCGGUCUCACUUUCGGUGACGUUUCUGUUUCUCUGUUUUUGUCUUUCUCUCUCUCUCUCUCUUUCUAUCUCUCUCUCUUUCUCUCUCUCUCGUUGGGGGGGGAGGGGAAGGACACUCCCCCGCACCCGGGGAGCAACCAGGCCCGGGCAAGGCAGCUGGCGGCGGCUCCCCGGCGCGAAACCACACCGGCCCGCGUGCGACAAGAACGCCAG